AUGUUGCAGGCAAUCAAAUACUCCAAGGGCAACCUUGAGAUUCUGGACCAAUUACAACUCCCGUUCGUCGAAACGUACAUUCCCAUUCGAACUACCGAAGAUGCAUGGCACGCUAUCAAAGAUAUGAAAGUCCGAGGGGCACCUGCUAUUGCUAUCGUAGCAAUGCUUGCCCUCGCCUCGGAACUCACCUCUGCUAUGGAGAGUGGCAAUCUCCCACAAUCCUCGGAAUCAGCCUGCCAAUACAUUUCAGACAAGCUUGCCUAUCUCGUGACGAGCAGGCCCACUGCCGUCAACCUUGCUGAUGCUGCGCGCAAGCUGGAGGCCGUAGUGACCAAUCGUACCCAAGCGCCGGGAUCUCAAGGUCCGGAGGUUGCGGCCGCAUUCAUUCAGGCGGCAGAGGAUAUGAUGGGAAGCGAUUUGCAGGAUAACCAGAGGAUUGGACACCAUGGCGCGGAAUGGAUCGCUACCCAUGCGGCCAAGCCAGGGAAAUCGGAGGUUGCUGUGUUGACACACUGCAAUACUGGUUCUCUCGCCACUUCUGGAUAUGGCACAGCAUUGGGAGUCGUUCGUUCGUUGGCCUCGAAGAACAUCCUACGUCACGCUUAUUGCACAGAGACUCGUCCCUAUAACCAGGGAUCUCGUCUUACAGCUUUCGAAUUGGUUCAUGACAAAAUUCCAGCUACACUCAUCACGGAUUCUAUGGCAGCCGCAUUGCUCGCAGAUAAGAAUGUGGGCGUGAAUGCAAUUGUGGUGGGGGCUGAUAGAGUAGCAGCCAACGGUGACACCGCCAACAAAAUCGGCACAUAUGCGCUGGCUGUCUUGGCAAAGUACCAUGGCGUCAAGUUCCUCGUCGCAGCGCCACGCACAACCAUCGAUAUGGCCACAAAAUCUGGGGAGGACAUCAUCAUUGAACAACGUGCAGCAUCCGAGGUGACCACCAUCAAAGGUCCCCGCGGGGGUCCUGAGGCCACCGACAAGGUUGAAAUUGAGACCGUCAAAAUUGCCGCGCCGGGGAUCAAUGUCUGGAACCCAGCAUUUGAUGUUACUCCUGCGAGCCUGAUUGAUGGUAUUGUCACAGAGGUCGGAGUUGUAGAGAAGGGCGCUGACGGCCAGUAUCACUUGGGUGGACUAUUUGACGACUCCACCCGUUGA